UGGGUUGGCAACAGUGGUGAAUACAGGUAUAUUAAAAAUAUUUACUUGACACAAAUAUUCCAUUGCAAAAAAAGUCAUUAAUUAGCAAUAAAAAAUACAUUAGACAUUCCAUAACAUUAGCAAACUAAAACAGGAUAAUAUUCCUAACGCAAGUAAAAGAAAAAUGUUAAAUUCUAAACAAGCAAACAAAAACUAUUGCAAGUAAAUGUUAUUUUUUGACGAGGAAUUCUGGUAAACAAAAGAAAAAAGUGGGUGGUGUCGUUGAAAGAAAAGUUUUUUUUGGUAUUCGAUAAUCCAAUUAAUAAAAGUGAAAAUUAUUUGUGUCACGCCUGAAUAAUUUCGAAAGAAAAAAAAGAAAAGCCGAGAUGCAUCUAAGUGCCGAUAUAUCUAGUGCUUUACAGCAAAUUGAAGCUGUCAAAAGGGGCAUUGAUGAAAUUGACGACCCAAAGUUGCAUUCUCAAACGGGAGAUAGUCUUAAGACUAUAUUGGAUCUGCUGCAGGAUCCAGUGUUUAGAACAAUAGUACAUGUUCAAGAUUCGUUAUCGGAACUAAAUGCUCAAUUGACACAGCACCCAUCUAUGCUGCCCAAUGAUUUCGACAUUGAUAUGGCUGGUAACUUGGUUUUGAGUGUUAAUGGAGGCGAUGUUAUGUAUGAGUUUGAUGAGCGUCUUUCUACGCCUUUGAACAGUGCCUCGGGACCUAACAGUCCAGGUAGCAGCAAAGCAGCAGCCGAUGCUGUUGAUCCUACGUUAGUACAGCAUACCAAAAUGCCUUCUUUAUCUGGAGUGGAACUAUUUCCCACAGAUUAUGUUCAAAUACAGGCCAUUGAAUUGGUUAAUGACGGCACUGGCUUGGGAUUUGGUAUUAUUGGUGCUAGGACUUCGGGUGUAAUUGUUAAAACAAUAUUGCCUGGUGGAGUUGCUGACAGAGAUGGUCGUUUGCGUUCUGGAGAUCAUAUAUUACAAAUUGGUGAUGUUAAUCUACAAGAAAUGGUGUCCGAGCAAGUGGCUACUGUUCUAAGACAAUCUGGUACCCAUGUGCGCUUGGUAGUGGGACGUGCUAUUGAACAUCCAUCACCUAUUGGACUUAGCUUAGAUCCCGGUAGUGCUGUAGUACCAGCCCGUGUCCUUGUAGACAGAGCAGAACUUGAGCGUUAUUUAAUAUCCACUGGUUAUCCAGAAAUAUUUGGUGAAAGCUCAAAUGCUUCCACUCCCCAGACGACAACGGAAGAUGAGCGUUUUGUUUAUCGUGGCAAACAACCCAUUAUUGAUUUGCUGGAAUUGCCAGAAACCGAAAAGCUGCAGGUUGAAUUGACUAAAGAUGCCAAUGGUUUGGGUAUAACCAUUGCUGGCUAUGUGUGCGAAAAAGAAGAAUUGUCUGGUAUUUUUGUAAAAAGUGUUUCUCCUGGUUCAGCUGCUGAUCUUAAUGGACGUAUUCGCGUCAAUGAUCGCAUUAUUGAAGUAGAUGGUCAGUCAUUGCAAGGUUUUUCAAAUCAUCAAGCAGUUGAACUUCUUAAGCAAUCAGGUCAGGUGGUAAAUUUACGCUUAGAGCGUUAUCUUCGAGGACCCAAAUAUGAGCAGUUACAACAGGCUAUAGCAGCCAAUGAUAAAAUUCCAUCGGUUCCCUCUACACCUUCGCGCAGUACAACAGCACAUUUACCUUCUAGUUCUAUAACUCCAAUGCGCUCUUCCACAGCAACUACAGAUUUGUCUUUCCUAUCGGGACGUGAAACUUUACCUUCGAAUGAAGUAAAUAUUUUUGCCACUGAACCGGAGAGCUUUACUUUGACUUCGGGUAAUACCAGUAGCACAAUUACAACUACUACAAAUCUGUCUACUUUUGGAGUUGAUAAGAAUAUUAUUUCAUUGCACGAUGAUCAACCAACCAAAAUUAUUACAUCCGAUAUUUUGUCUGCACCAGAAUCCGAACAACAUGACUUAAUGGAACCCUUGCAUGCCAAAAAUAACAUACUCCUUACACGCCAAAAGUAUUACACAGAUCCUGAACUUACAGCCGAUGUUGAACAAGAAAUCAUACGUAAAUGGAAGAAAAAUGUAGGCCCCGAUGUUGAUGUUAUAGUGGCUCAAAUUAAAAAAUUCCCUGUUGGUGGUUUAGGUAUAUCACUAGAGGGCACUGUAGAUGUAGAAGGCGGACGUGAAGUUAGGCCUCAUCAUUAUAUACGUUCGAUAUUGGCUGAUGGCCCUGUGGGUGUUAAUGGAAAAUUAAGAGCUGGUGAUGAACUACUGGAAGUAAACGGCCAACGUCUCUUCGGCAUGAAUCAUUUAGAAGUUGUGGCUAUUUUGAAAGAAUUACCACAGGAUGUACGCAUGGUUUGUGGUCGCAGCAAAACUGAAUUGAUGUCCUUCUCUGACGAUACACUGCAGAAAUUAAGCAACAAUUUUGAAAAUCUAGUGCCAGCCUCAGAUCGUUUAGUUAAAGCUAAAUCGGAUGGCAAUUUAGCAACUACAUCGCCAACUAAUGAGGAUUCGUUUAAACUUAAAUCUAGAUCGUUAGAACCUCUCACAGGUUUGGCCAUGUGGUCAUCAGAGCCUCAAAUAAUUGAGCUAAUUAAGGGUGAUCGUGGUUUGGGCUUUUCCAUUUUGGACUAUCAAGAUCCCAUGGAUUCCAAUGACUGUUUAAUUGUUAUACGAUCUUUAGUGCCGGGCGGUGUAGCACAAUUGGAUGGACGUUUAAUACCAGGAGAUCGUUUGUUAUUUGUUAAUAAUAUUAACUUGGAAAAUGCUACGUUGGAUCAGGCGGUACAGGCUCUAAAAGGUGCUGCCAAGGGCGUAGUACGUAUAGGUGUAGCUAAACCCCUGCCAAUGACAGAUACAUCACUUAAAACCAACUCUGCAAAUACCAGUCAAAUUGACAGCGAACUUGAUCAUGAAGAUAACACCACUACAAACACAGCAAGCAAAGUAGGUGAAUUUAAAAGUUUACCACCUUCAACUAACACAAUGGAUAGCUCUGAACCCGAUUUAAUUUCCAAUUGGCGAAAGUAAUUUAUAUCGAAUGAAUAUCAAGUUGUAUAUAAACACAUAGCAAGAAAUACUUAAGCUGGAGUACUUAAUUAACAACAAGAAAACCUAAAACUACCAAACAUUCCAUAUCCUUUACAAAAAAAGUAAUAAAAAUAGGUUAAAAAUUACGAAUCAAAAAGAAUAUUGUCAAUUUUUAUGUGUUCAUUUUUUGCAUUAUACAAUUCUAGAGUAUAAUUACAAAAUUUUUUGAGGGAUUAAUGUGAAAAUCGCGAUUGUUUGUGUUUUACUUGACUAUGGUAUCAAGGAACAUCAUAACAAAACAACAAACAUUAAAUAAUAGAGAAGUGCCUUUAGUUCUUUAAAAAAAAAAUUCUUUUUGAUUCAAUUUUGCCAAUUUAAUCACAACCUAUUCCAAGUAGUUUGUAGUUUUUAACCAAUUAUUAUGAUUAUUAAUUUUUAUCAUUACUAAAGUUUAUUAUAAAUUAUACUUAUAUUAAAAUAUUAUCUUUAAGAGAUUUCAUUUGUUUAUUGACUGCAUUAAAUAUAACGAAUGUUUUACUUAAAAUACAAAUAAUGUCUAUUUAUGAAGCAAUAUCAUGUUUAGUAGCAAUACUGGAAUGAAAGUGUUGGAUAUAUAAACAAUGAAUCUCUUAAUUAUUAUAGUUCAUAUCGAAUAAAAUGUUUAUUUAAAUAUAA